AUGGGCGUUCAACUGCAGCAUGGUCACAGUCACGGAGGUGGUCUAGGACAUGGACAUAGUCACGGUGGUAAAAGUAAGAAAUCCGACAAACACAACAAAAACAAUGACUUAUCUAUGUCCCCUGCACAAAAGUCUUCCUCAAUAUUGCCAACUUUCACCAAUGACAGCAAUUGUUCCAAUGUCUGUCCCACACCACCCACUGAACGUUUGGAACAAGGAGUCUCACCCGAUGCUGAAUUACCUUCUGCUGGUAUACAGACCUUUUCCUAUCAAAAUUCACGAUCAGUUAGUGAAAUUAAUUCGGAAAUGUCUGCCGUUAUGGCUGAGACCGCAGUUGGGGGACAUCAUCACGGUGGUCUAGCGGGAAAAGAAGCACAAAAUAUUAAUGUUAGAGCUGCUUAUAUUCAUGUUUUGGGUGAUAUGGUUCAAAGUAUUGGAGUUUUUGUAGCUGCUUUAAUAAUAUAUUUCAAGCCUGAGUGGUCUUUGGCAGAUCCUAUUUGCACGUUUGUCUUCUCCAUCAUUGUGUUGUUUACAACAUUUGCCAUUAUUAAGGAUGCUUUAUUGGUAAGUGUGUGUGGGUGUUGUAAUGUUAUUUUUAUGAUUGUUGUUAAAAUA